AUGAAUCGUGAGAAGAAGGUAACUGAAGCAACAAUCAUGGAAGGCAAAAUCUCAAUGUACCUGUACGAUUGUACCCUACUAGGCUUAAUUCAGCCAGAUAUGAACUCAGGUAAUCUAGGCACAUUAAUUGUUGAAGGAAACUCAAAAAAGAAAGAAAUAGAGCUUUACUUGAUCCCUUUCUUGAGAAAUGAUAGUAUAAACAGGAAGAAAAGUUCUGCAAGUUGGAAUUUUCAAUCGAUAGUUAAGAGUUUCAAGCAAGUCCUCUUCCAUCUCCAGAAUACGUGCUCUUGUUUAAGUGUGGUCAAUCAUCUCGCCGACGCUGACAUCGAUAUCCGCUCGCCAUCGUCGGAGUUCUGCUCGUCGUCGUCGUCACUCACCACACAAUCACCAACGUUGCCGAGCUCUGCUACCACUGAUUUUCCCCUAAAAACGAAAACAUGUUUGCGCUUCUGUAAUCUCCUCUAGCGAAUCCCACAUCCGGACAGCUUCGCCUCUUCACUGUAUGGUGGAUGCAUGGUGGCAACAAAUGAAGAACAUAUUCAAUCUUGUUGUUUAAAAAAUCUGUAUGGUUGGGAUCCAAUUGAUUUUGUUUCCACACACAUCAACGAAAUUGAAGAUAUUGGAAAUUGGUUCUAGUUUAUGUAAAUGCUAGUUUGUAUAAAUGGGAUGUAAUUUUUACUGAUUUGAUUCUAUAUGCUUGAAAAGGCUAUGUUGCAAUUGGUUAUAGUUUAUGUAAAUAUUGAGAUUGUGAAAUGGCAGAUUAUCAUCUCUUUGAAAUGGAACAAAUGAAUGCUAGUAAUUAUAAUGCUUUGUGUAGCUUGUAGAAUUCUUGUGGUUUUGAUGCUAAUUUUCUCAUUGCAGGUUUGGGUCUUAUGUGAUUGUCCCUCUUGUUCUUCAUAAAAAAAUAUUGUAGUACUCUUCAACUGGUUCCGUUUUUUGUUGUACUAUUCAUUUGAUAAAAAUAUUCACCAUAAUUGAUGUUAUUCUUUCUAUACUUGUGUAUGUGGAUCGAAUUAAAAAGUUUCUGUUAGAUGAAUAGUUUUAUUAUGCAUACAACCCAAAAAUAGCAAUAAUGUUUUAAUAAGUAAUUUUUUUAGUGGUACAAUGUUGUCGGUUGUAUUAAUUUAAUUUAGGGAUAAUGAUUUGAUAGGGUAAGAUACUUUUUGAAAUGUACACAUUUAGUCUUUUUUUUUUGUAAAAUAAACCCUUAUACUUUAUUAAUAUGUACACAUUAGGUCCUUUUCACCGGAUUCUACAAGUUUUGCUGACGUGGAAGGGUUUAUUUUACAAAAAAAAAAGAAUAAGGACUAAAUGUGUACAUUUCAAAAAGUAUCUUACCCUAUCAAGUUAUUUUCCCUUUCUUUUAUUUUGUUGAAAUGAAAUACCCAGGUGGCAUCCACAUAUCCAAAACGAGAUUUUUCCAACUUUUAUUCAUCAUGAAAAAGAGGGAGAACCCCGAUCUCCGGCGACUCCUUUGUGUGUUCCUACACAUCACUGGUAGCAAGGAGGAAUGAUGGCAAAAACAACAAGGUCGAAGGGGGAGGCAGGAGGAAGUAGAGACGGUAGUUGGCGGCGAGGAGCUGCUCUGGUAGCCCCCUCGUCGAUUCUUUCUUCUUUUUGUGGCAACAUAUCUCAAAGAUGGAGGCAAAGAGAGACAGAUCGGAGAAACACAACAGGUAAAUGGUGUUUUGCUGUUGCUGUUCGACCGGAAGGAAGAGAGACGAGAAAGAGAAGGGUCGCCGCCCUUUUCUUGUUGCUGGAGGAUCACCCACCUCCGGUGACUAAGCUAAUUAAUUGCUAUUUAGUGUCACUUGUGUUUCCAUAUCAGCAAAACCUGUAGAAUCCGGUGAAAAUGACCUAAUGUG